UAAAUUUUUGUUUUGUUGUUGCGAGGAAAGAGGCCAAAGAGAGAGAGAGAGAUUGAGAGAGAAUCAGAUUUUUUCAGGGAAGGUGUCAGGAACUAAAAAAAGCUAUGGAUUUGGCUCUUCAUAUUACUUGUGCUUACCCGUUGAUCAAACAAGGAUUAAUGAGAGCCAAAUCAACCAAUCAUCUUCCUGUUCGAGAUAGCAGAUAAACUUUCGCCGCGGUUUGUGUUGCAAAACUCGUGCCUUGAGCUGAGUCUUUCAAGAAUCAUGCUUCGAGAGAACCCUUUGUCUUCAAUGGGGAGAGCAAAGAAAGUAUCUGUUUGUUGCAAGAAACCGUCUAAUAGAGGAGCUUCAAACCCGAGUAAAUCUAACCAAGAGGAGAUCAUUUCUCUCUUGAAACGAAUUCAAUCUUCAAUCUCCAAAGAAGCAGCUAGGGACGUUGAAGAGAAGAACCGUGAUGAGUCUUCUGAGAGCAAGCCGCUGACCAAAGCUGUUGUUGACGUUCUUGAGAAAUCAAGAAAGAAAACUGAGGGAGAUACUAGUGUGAAGAAGGAGCCACCAAAGAGACAAGUAGAGGUUCCCCGACCAGCGUCUAGUUUAGUUAAGAAAACUCCUACAUCUUCUGCCUCAGGUCCAAGAGGUACGCUUCCAGUAUCAAUCAGCGAUAAAGCUUUAGGAGAAAUGACAAAGGAGGAAGAGAAAGCUUCAUUGAUAGAAACUAUGAAACUUGCAGAGCUCAAAGAAGUUGCAAAGAAGAGAGGAAUCAAAGGAUACUCAAAGUUGAGGAAGAGUGAACUACUGGAGCUGAUCAGAUCGUCCUAGUGGUAAUCUUGAGACAAACAUUGUCUCUGACAUGCAAACCAGAUAACAAAUGUGGUUGGAGUUGUUACAUUUGGAAACUUAUUCAUGUAAAGUUGAUAGAUGUUCAAGAAGUUCAACCUUGUAAAAUUCGGUUUUUCACCAUCUGUUGUCAAACAAAGUUAAUAAUAGGAAGAAAAAAAUCCCCAAAAAUGGUUCA